UUACGUCGGUGCUUUGCCGUGAGCUCGAGAUGUUCCCCCUCUUGUCUCCGCUCCACCGCUCCUUGCUCUCCGGCCCCCGGCUGGCGGGGCUUCGAUGGCUGCAUGCUGCCUCGGUGAAGGUGGCCAAUGAACCUGUCUUGGCAUUCAACCCAGGCAGUCCUGAACGAACGGCCUUGCAGCAGGCCUUGAAGGACCUGAAGGAUAAGACAGAAGCUAUUCCAUGUGUCAUUGGAGAUGAAGAGGUGUGGACCUCAGAUGUGCAGUACCAAGUGUCGCCAUUUAACCAUAAGCACAAAGUGGCCAAAUAUUGCUAUGCUGAUAAGGCUCUAAUCAACAAAGCCAUUGAGGCUGCCCUGGCUGCCCAGAAGGAAUGGGACCUGAAGCCCAUAUCAGAUCGGGCCCAGAUCUUUCUGAAAGCUGCAGACCUAUUGAGUGGCCCCCGAAGGGCAGAGAUCCUUGCCAAGACUAUGAUUGGGCAGGCCAAAACUGUGAUCCAGGCAGAGGUCGACGCCGCCGCCGAGCUCAUCGACUUCUUCAGAUUCAAUGCCAAGUACGCCAUGGAGCUGGACAGCAAGCAGCCCAUCAGCGUCCCGCCCAGCACCAACCGGGUGGUGUACCGAGGCCUGGAGGGCUUUGUGGCCGCUGUCUCUCCCUUUAACUUCACAGCGAUUGGAGGCAACCUGGCAGGGAGUCCGGCCUUGAUGGGCAACGUAGUGAUAUGGAAGCCCAGCGACACAGCUAUUCUGGCCAACUACGCUGUGUACAAAGUCCUCCGAGAGGCUGGACUUCCCCCAAACAUCAUCCAGUUUGUUCCGGCCAGUGGGCCCGUCUUUGGAGACACGGUCACCAGCUCGGAGCACCUCUCUGGUCUCAAUUUCACUGGCAGCGUGCCGACUUUUAAACGUCUCUGGAAACAGGUGGCUGACAACUUGGAUCGGUAUCGCACCUUCCCACGUUUGGCAGGAGAGUGUGGCGGGAAGAACUUCCACUUCGUCCACAGCUCGGCAGAUGUGGGCAGUGUGGUGAGCGGGACUCUACGCUCUGCCUUUGAGUUUGGUGGCCAGAAGUGUUCAGCCUGCUCUCGACUCUAUGUCCCUGACUCACUGUGGCCCAAGAUCAAAGCUCAGCUCCUGGAGGAGCACAGCCAGAUUCGAGUGGGAGAUCCUGUGGAAGAUUUUGGAAUAUUCUUCUCUGCUGUCAUCGAUGCCAAUUCUUUUGGGCGCAUCAAGAAGUGGCUGGAACACAUCCACUCCUCGCCCAACCUCAGCGUCCUGGCUGGGGGCCAGUGCGACGACUCUGUGGGCUACUUUGUCCAGCCGUGCAUUGUGGAAAGCAAGGACCCGAGAGACCGCAUCAUGAAUGAGGAGAUCUUCGGCCCCAUCCUGACGGUCUACGUGUACCCCGAAGGCCAGUACCGGGAGAUUCUGCAGCUAGUGGACAGCACCUCCCCCUAUGGCCUCACGGGGGCAGUGUUUGCCCAGGAUAAGAAUGUGAUUGAUGAGGCCACAAAGAUACUGAGGAAUGCAGCCGGCAACUUCUACAUCAAUGACAAAUCCACUGGUUCAGUGGUGGCCCAGCAGCCCUUUGGGGGUUCCCGUGCAUCAGGCACCAAUGACAAGCCAGGGGGCCCCCAUUACAUUCUCCGCUGGACCUCCCCCCAGGUCAUCAAGGAGACCCACUCUCCCCUUGGGGACUGGAGGUAUUCCUACAUGCAGUGAGCCCUGUGGGCUCGCACCUCGUCCGUCCAAGCUACUGACCAGCCGUCUGCCUGCACCAUUACUCCUGACCUUCUCUCGCCCCUCUCUACCUCGAGCCUGAGCCUCUGCACACAUCCCCACGAGGGCUCCAGAACUCCUGUGCAAAGCCAGUUCUUCUAGCGCAGUCUGCGGGAGCCCCCGUCCUGCAUGAGGUCGCCAGGAGGACGUGGCCAGGGCCUGGGGAAGGGGCCGAAGUUGACCCUUUUGGAGGGUCUGGAAGCUCUUUUGCACAUGCCCUGCUCACCCCAGCAGGGUUUUGUCCUCCGGGCCAGACGUAGACUGAGCCCCGCCAUCUUUGAAGGGCCCUCAUUGAAUUUCACCCGAGCCUUAAGGACUGCUGAGGAAGGGUCUCUCUUCUCUCCUUUAUCUCAGAAAACCACCUUGGUGAAGGGUUCUCAGUGCUGGCUGCCCGGCUUGUUUCUCCUCUCUUGUGUGGGCCCGGGUCUGUGUGUGGGUACAAGUGGAGGGGCCUUCCCUGAGCCUCUGAGCCUGCCUGGAUGGCCCCCUGGCCAGGGAUCUGCCCCCUCAGGCAUCCUGGUGCCUGGGCCUGGAGAGCCUGGAGAGCUCUUUACACUGGCCGCACGCUAGGGAUCCAGGCAGCCCCUUCCUCCUUUCCUGUCUCUUCUAUGGUUUGGGGGUGAGGGAGGGAUGAAGGGGAAUCCUGUGAGGCUUCAUGUUCUUGCAGUAGCUAGAGUUGAGCUCAUGCCCCUUGUCGGGCCCUGACACACACUUCCCCUUGGAGAUGGUGAAGCCUGGCGGGCUCCUUGGGGGAACGGGCCCCACGAACCCCCCCCAAGCCCUCCGGCUCCCAGCACCCACUGUGGCCCACUGCCUUUGGAAUGUUUUGGGCUUCCCUCGCAGACCACUCGUGGGACUCUGGGCAGAUCACUUCAUCUCUGUGCCUUGGUUUCCUCAGCCAUGGAUGAGUCGGUUAGCCCUGGAUCCAUGGGAGGCCGCCAGUGGGUGCCCGCGUUAGUGUGAGUGGGGAGCGGGAGGAGCCAGCGUCUCGGGGUGCCCCGCCGCCUCUUCUGAUGUUGCUGUGUGUCCUCGGACAUCCCUGGCAGAGGCAGGGCGGCACUUGAUAUUGGCCCGGAUGGGAGAGGCGGAGUUUGGUUGUUUUUCCUUUGUACAAGUUGGGGCUUUUCUGUUGGGGGAUGGCGAGUAAGGAGAGUGGCUGGACGUGUCUGGUUUGCAGAGGUUUCCCUGGUCCUGAACUGCGAUGUGGAGGUGGUUUUGCACUGGAUACUUACAGCCUGCUGUCUAAUAAAAGUCUGGAUAGCCUUU